AUGGACUCGCUCCGAAAGACGAUCAAAUCCAUGGGCAUCACGGCCAAGUCGAUGGCAAAGCCCGACCCGCAUAUUGAUUUCGCCCCCGCCACCGAACCAGUGCCCGACCAAACGGCGCAAGAACCACCGCCGAUCGGGCCGCCUGUUCGUUUGGCCGUCAUUGGUGCUGGCCAACGGGGAAAAAAGUAUGGACAGUAUGCUUUAAACAAUCCUAAACAUUGUGUUGUAGUCGCUAUUGCCGAACCCCGUCCUGAAACACGGGAACGCAUGGCGCAAGACCAUCAAGUGGGAGCGGAUCGGGUGUUUAAUGACUGGAAAGAUCUUUUGGCCGCAUGCGAUGCUCACGACGCCGGUCGAAAAGACGCCCAAGAUGCUCGAUACGUGGACGGGGUUGUUGUGACGGUUCAAGAUCAUAUGCAUGCAGAGGUGGUUAUACCGUUUGCUCGACGUGGGUAUCAUAUCCUGUGCGAAAAGCCGAUGGCGACUACACCCGAAGAGUGCAUUCGGAUGGCAGACGAGGUGGAAAAGUCUGGAAUUAUAUUUACAAUCGCGCACGUUCUCAGGUAUUCCAAAUAUAAUCAAGCACUUCGGGAAGUGAUUGCUUCGGGCAGUCUUGGAAAGCUCGUCAACGUCGUUCAUGUCGAACCUGUGGGACAUUAUCAUUUUGCGCAUUCUUACGUCCGGGGAAAUUGGAACCAAGAGUCAAAGAGCUCGUUUUCGUUGAUGACCAAGAGUUGCCACGACAUUGACCUACUGUGUCAUUUCUUCGCGCCUGCCACACCAGUUCGCUUCAGCUCAUUCGGUUCGCUGACCCACUUUAGAAAGUCGGAAAAGCCAGCCGAGGCCGGUUCUGCUACGCGAUGUUUGGACUGUCCGGUGCAGAAUACUUGCCCCUAUAGUGCUUCGCGCAUUUAUCUUACCGGAAAUACCGGGUGGCCCGUGAGCGCGAUUGUAGAUGGCGCCGUGACAAAGGACAAGGUGAUGAAAGAGCUAGAAGACGGGCCAUACGGGAUGUGCGUGUACGAGUCUCCAAACGACGUCUGUGACCACCAGGUCGUAAACAUCGAGUUUUCCAACGGCACGACCGCAUCGUUCACCAUGGUCGCGUUCACCAAGCUCAUCUGCGAGCGACAAACGCGGUUACAUCUCACGCACGGAGAAGUCGUGGGUGACUCGAACGUGUUUACGACCAGCGACUUUCGGACCAACGAGACGCGGCGGCAUAGGCCGAGUUCGAUGGACGCGCAUGGGGAUGGGGAUAUGGGUGUUGUGCGCGAGUUUGUGCGGUGUGUGGCUCGUCGGCUUGCUAAAAAAGGGAACUCGGGGGGAGAAAGGGAAGAUGAUGGUGGAGAUGGGGGUGGGGACUUGGGAUAUCCGGUAUCCGAGGUGCUGCGCAGUCAUCUUGCAGUGUUUUGCGCUGAGAAAGCUCGGCGGGACGGCACGGUUAUUCUAUUUGAAGAGUUUGAAAGAGAGGUACGACAGGGGAUGAGGAGCUCAGCCUGUGAGAAUAGCAUGGAUGACCAAGUGGGUGAUCAAGCGAGACCAGGGGUAAUGAUUGAAAUUGAAAGCUGA